AUGGACCACUAUGAGCCAGUAAACGAUCCGGGGGUGGUAUUUUGUAUCGGACACCAUGAGCCAAAUCGAUCUCUCAAGUUGACUGCCGAUCAUGUCAUUCGGGCCCACGAAAGCAACUAUGACAUGUUGACUGUGCCAAUCACAACGACUCACUUUCAUUCCAGAGUGCUGAGUCUUUUGUCCUCUCAUCUCUCAGGGUUACAAUUGCCGUCCUUGGAUCCAUUGGGAACCAGGGCCACAUCGCAGAAUACUCUGCCUCUGAUCAUUCCGCCAUUGACUAAGCUUGACUCAAAUUUGACUCCAAAUGAGGCGACAAGUCAACUGGUGGGCGUGACGAGCAGUUGGAUUGACCUUUGUUCACCGGACCCCCUAAUUGCAGAUCUUUCUCGUCAAGUGUUCAUGCUGGAGGUCGCGUAUGCUGCUUUCUGUGGUAUUGGCUAUCUGUUGAUACCGGGCCCUAAAUUGCACCAUGGUGGUAUUCAUUCGGAAGGCAUAGUAUACUAUGCCCGGGCCGUGCAAGAUGCUUUGAAUCUUGGUCCAUACAUCCAGUUCAAUAUCUGGUUACGAAUGGUGGAUAAUCCAGAAAUGGAAGUCGACAACAUGGGUGACCUCGGACCCUUCGCUCGGCAAGAAUUUCUCCAAGCAGAGCCAACUGGCUCAACGAAAACUGAUCCGUUUGGAACUUGGGAUGCUUGGGAUCUGAUUAGAAAGACCUGCAAAUAUCACAGCCGGUUGGUCGUUGCGCUUUCCAUGCCCAAGCAACUGCCUGCAUUGUGCGUUCAGUCGCGCUGGCAUUCGGAACCAGUUCAUCAGCUCACAAUCGAUGCCUCCUCCUUCCUGAAAAAUCCAAAGGGGUACCCUGUUUUAUCUAAAGCCCACCAGGCCUUCAUUGCACGGCUUAUGCGAUUGCGUACCCGUCCAUGGAUCAUUUUGUGCAAUGUUGGGCCUAUUCCAGGGCUUGAAGACACAGAGGAAGCUGAAGGGGCGCAAUCGCAGCUGUCCAGUUCCGAUUAUCCAAGCCUCAAGGCGUCCAAAAAACAUCAUGACCCCACACCGCAUCUCUCUUACAUUCGCAACUUGCAAGAACGUCAGCCUCCCCGAACACCCAUCGAAAGAUUUGGAACGGGCUAUCAAGAUUACCUCCAAGCACCUCUGCAGCCGUUAACUGUCAACUUGGAGAGCAUCACAUACGAGGUCUUCGAGAAAGACCCAAUCAAGUAUGAGUGGUAUGAGCGCGCCAUCACCAAAGCUCUGCAAGACUGGUCUGAUCAGAAGAAACCUACCUCUCAUCCUGAUGGGAAGGUCAUUCUUGCAGUUGUGGGAGCGGGGCGGGGCCCUCUUGUCACGCGAGCCCUCAAGGCCAGCGCAGCCGCUGGGGUUGCGAUCGACCUGUGGGCGGUUGAAAAGAACCAGAAUGCGUUUGUUUUGCUGCAACGGCAUAACGAAGAUAUCUGGGACGGCAAAGUCAGUCUUGUUCAGUCCGAUAUGCGGAGCUGGAAGGGCCCGCGUGUGCCGAGUCGGGGAUCGAGGGAUGAGCCGCAGGGAUCGGUUGAUGAGACACAAGGUGGAGGACCUGAUUCUUCUCUCACUUCGAGGACCUUCGACUACACCCACGUUGAUAUUGUCGUCUCGGAGUUACUUGGAUCGUUCGCUGAUAAUGAGCUAUCUCCCGAGUGUCUCGAUGGCAUCAAUGACCUAAUCCAUCCAGAGCAUGGAAUAUCGAUUCCUGCAUCCUACUCGGCUCACAUGACGCCCAUUUCUGCUCCGAAGCUACACAGCGAUAUUGCGCACCAGAGUAUUUCCAAUCCUGCCGCUCCUGAGACCCCUUAUGUCGUCAUGCUUCACGCGAUUGACUUCCUGUCCACUGCGGAGUCAACUGGGACGACCGAGACCUUGAAUCACCACUCUUCCAGCCGCUCCUCUGGGGGCACAUCUACCCCGACACCCGCUACUGAGUUCCCGAUUCCUUUUGUUCAGACUGCUUGGACUUUCUCUCACCCCAACCGAAACAUUUCACCCCCGUCGCGAACCUCAUCCACGGUCUCGAAUGCGCAUAAUGUGCGACGGACCCGUCUGUCCUUCCCCACACAGAAUCGUGGCGUAUGCCAUGGUAUUGCUGGGUAUUUUGAGACUGUGUUGUACGGAGACGUAGAACUCUCAACCAACCCUGUCACUAUGGAUGCGAAGAGUGCUACGAUGAUUAGCUGGUUCCCAAUUUACUUCCCUCUCAAGACUCCUCUCAAUGUUCCUGACAAUGGUGAGGUUGUCAUUACCAUGUAUCGUCAAACUGACGACCGCAAAGUGUGGUACGAGUGGAUGGUUGAGGUUUACGCUCUUGAGCGGACGGCCACUGCGGCAGCAUGGGUCGCCUCCCCAGCCACUACAGGCGCUCGCUCUGGAUCACCGGGCACAGAUGCUUCAGGAGCCAAGUCCUCGAAUCAGGCUAGCUUCCGUCGAGUACGUGUGGGGAUGAGCGAGCUUCAUUCAAGCAUCAAGGACGGUUGCUUGAUGUAA